UGUGUUCUUCUAUCCACGUCGUUUACGAGUCUGUGAUUCAGCGCGGCCAUCGAGACUGUACACUUUUCUUCCCCCAGCAGCAGACGAAGGAAAAGAAACGAUACAUUUUGUAUUACAAUUGGCUUUGUCUGUAGAAAUCACAUUCUUAUAAACCGCGUCGUAAAAUCAACACUGCCUUAAAACUCUUAUUUUGGAUCGGGUGCAUAAAAACGUUUAAUUUUUAACCCGGAAGCUGCUGGUCGCCUGAUGAGUAUGAGCACGACUACAGAACCCACUAACGAUGCUCCCACUGUUACUGAAGAAGAAAGCAAAAUGGCUACAGCUGUGAAGACAGAGAAGAAGCCAGAUGAGGUAGCAGCGCCAGCAGCAGCAGCAGAAGAGGAAGAGGAGGAGGAAGAGUAUGUUGUUGAGAAGGUCCUGAACCGACGAGUGGUUAAAGGGAGAGUGGAGUACCUCCUCAAAUGGAAAGGCUUUUCAAAUGAAGAUAACACAUGGGAACCAGAAGACAACCUGGACUGCCCAGAUCUCAUCGCAGAGUUUCUUCAGUCUCAAAAGACCGCACAGGAGGGGAAGCGGAAGGCAGAUGGAGAUGGUGACGACUGUAAAUCAAAGAAGAAAAAAGAUGAUACAGAGAAGUUGAGGGGUUUUGCUCGAGGUCUGGACCCAGAAAGAAUAAUUGGCGCCACAGAUUCAACGGGAGAGCUUAUGUUCCUCAUGAAAUGGAAAAACUCAGAUGAAGCAGACCUUGUCCCAGCAAAAGAAGCAAAUGUAAAGUGUCCGCAGAUUGUCAUUUCUUUCUACGAGGAGCGGCUGACCUGGCAUUCGUACCCCACCGAAGAUGAGAAAAAGGAUGAUAAAAACUAACCCAGGGUGACAGGGGCAGGGGAGUAAAAAAAAAAAAAAAAAAAGAGUAGUUUUGAGUUUUGAACUUCGUUGUACUUUCCGAGAGGGGAUUGGAUGGGGAUGGGCAGACUGUGACAAGCAAGACACAUUUGUCUUUUGAUGUAGUAUGACUUCAUUUCAUUCUGCUUUUACCUGGAUUUAAUCUAAACCUGUAUAUUCUUCAGAUUUGCUUGACACAGGCCAAAAACAUAAAGACGCAGUGUUCAGUUUUGAGUUUCCCAGGCCUCUGCAGUAUCUUGUUCCCUUUGGGCCAGUGCUUAUCAUCUUGCCAGGACAUUGUAUUAGUAAGGUGACAUUUCAUUUUCUUUUUAUAUUUUUUGUCAAUGUGCCAUUUUUACUCUGUACUUUAUUGGUCAUGUGAUUUGCAGGCAAAACUGUGUCCAUCUUUGCCUUAUACGUAGAACUUGUUUGAUGUAUGGUUAUAAACUGUGCUUUCUUUGUUAAAUAAUCAUUAGUGUUUUCAAUAACAGCCAUGUCUUGCUUGUCUGUUUUGGAAAAUAAAACCACUUUUUGUUAUAA